AUGCCGUCAAACACUACGUAUAGAUCCGCCACUCUUGAAGGGUGCUACGUUGAUCAUACUAUCGGCUGGACGAGGUGUCUUCAGACGCGCCUCGCCGCAGCCAGCCGGGAGGACGCGCCUUCAAGACUUAGUUGUACGGUUCCCUGUCCCGUUGAGCGAGUGAUUUUCUCCUCGCCUCAGCCCACCGUAGCGCUCGAGCCCCUUCGAAGGCCGCGCGUGGAGUUUGUAGAACUCCAUGUAACUGUUGAGGCUGUCUGCGUAGUGGUGCUUCGUGAGGAAGUCAAGACAAAAGCGACAACCUGGGGCCCCGAUGGAGGAGUGGGUUUCUGUGAUGGGGCCGGCCAGAGAACCAUGAUUGAAGACAGUGAAGUGACUUCAGUCUACGGACCGGUAGAUCCCAAUAAGCUUGAGGGAGAAGAGUCGUCUCAUCACCAGGAGAACAAGAAGGACUCUGCCAAGGAGAAAAAGAGGAAAGGUAAUCGGAUGGGAGGUGGCACACCAUCCUUCGCCAUGAACAGCCGUGACCCCAACAACAUCAAUUCACACAUCCAGGGACUGAGUAUUCUGACUGGUGGUGAUCAGGUGACAUGCAGUCUUAAUUACCUUCGUGUACGCAACUUGGUGUUUAAACCCCCAUUAACCAAUGGAUUUAAGCUCGAUCCUAAUGUCCCAUAA